UCAGGAACAAAAGCUCCCGUGGAGUCUGGCGAGGCACUCGGGGAGCACGGGGUGUUUUGAAUAAUUAUUAAAAUUAGCAUGUGUCUGCGCCAUCCUGUGGGUGUGGCGCAGAGCGGAGUGUAAACUCCAGCCGGCUCGAGCAAACAUUGGAUUAGCUGCAGCAGCCUGCCAGCCUGCCAGCCUGCGAGGAGCGGGACCAGAGCGCGGCCGCCGACCUGCACGAUGGCCUCGUCUCAGGGGAGGGACGAGCUGAAAUUCGCCGACUGGAUGGCAGCUCUGCCGGAGAGCAUCCACAGCAUCCCCCUCAGCAAUCUGGCCAUCCCAGGGUCCCAUGAUUCCUUCAGCUUCUACAUUGAUGAAGCCUCUCCAGUAGGUCCCGAACAGCCAGAAACUGUCCAGAAUUUUGUUUCUGUAUUUGGAACUGUAGCCAAGAAGCUGAUGCGGAAAUGGUUGGCCACUCAGACAAUGAACUUUACUGGUCAGCUAGGAGCUGGAAUCCGUUAUUUUGAUCUUCGAAUUUCUACCAAGCCCAGAGACCCUGACAAUGAACUCUACUUUGCUCAUGGUUUGUUCAGUGCCAAAGUCAAUGAAGGUCUUGAGGAGAUCAAUGCAUUCCUCACGGAUCACCAUAAGGAGGUGGUAUUCUUGGACUUCAAUCAUUUUUACGGCAUGCAGAAAUAUCACCAUGAAAAACUUGUCCAAAUGCUGAAGGAUAUCUAUGGAAACAAAAUGUGCCCAGCAAUUUUUGCCCAGGAAGUUAGUUUAAAGUACCUGUGGGAGAAGGACUACCAAGUGCUAGUCUUCUACCACAGUCCAGUGGCUCUGGAAGUGCCCUUUCUCUGGCCUGGGCAGAUGAUGCCAGCACCCUGGGCCAACACCACGGACCCUGAAAAGCUGAUCCAGUUUCUUCAGGCAUCCAUCACUGAAAGAAGAAAGAAGGGCUCAUUUUUUAUAUCUCAGGUGGUGCUGACCCCCAAAGCUAGCACUGUGGUCAAAGGUGUGGCAAGUGGCCUCAGAGAAACAAUCACAGAAAGAGCUCUUCCUGCCAUGAUGCAAUGGGUCCGCACUCAGAAGCCAGGAGAAAGUGGCAUCAAUAUUGUCACUGCUGAUUUUGUAGAACUUGGCGAUUUUAUCAGCACGGUCAUAAAGCUCAACUAUGUCUUUGAUGAAGGAGAAGCCAACACUUGAUAAUGCUAUUCGGAGUAUGUAUGAAAAAGAUAGAGCAGACUCGUUGUAUUAGACAUAUUACCUAUAAACACAGUGAUCUUCCUAUUCCACUGUCUCUGAUGGGAUUAGGGCUGGUAGUGGGUGGGAAAAGGGGGAAAAUCAUUUCUUCAAUGAUUACAGUCAUACUCUGCAUUGCUAUAAAUAUUUCAUUUUCCAUUCCAUGAGCAAAUUCUACUUCUAGUGUUAGGGAUAAAAAUAGUGAAUUUUGUUUUUCAGGAUCAGUCUUUGUAAUGUGUAACUCAUGAGUGUUUACUUGAUUGUGUUUUCUAAUUUCAACCUAGGGCUCCCCUACUAUUUCCUGUAACUUUCCCGCUCCCUUUCUUGUUCACUCUUUCUAAUCAGAUGCUGUAUGGGACUCCAAAUAAUUGAAUGCCCGACAUAAUGUGUAUUACAUUGUUGUACUGAAAAUUAUUUCUUUUGUGAGACUUGGUAUAGUAUUCUGUAGUCAUCUGCAUUUGGCCAGUCAUAGCUAACUGUUGGUCAUAGAAAAUAUGCAUCAAAUCAAUCUCCUACAUCAGUGAUAUUGGAGGCCAUAAUCAGUGAUUUUUGUGUUAUAGAAAAACAAUAGUGUUUCACAGUAUUUCUAUUUAAGGCAGCUAUAACUAUAGUGUAAAAAAAGAUUGGACGGACUAUGAGCAUCAACUCCAUAGUAAAAAAUGAACAGUGGAGUGAGGGUGACGGAUGCUGUUUUAAUCCAGCACUCUCUCAAAUACCAAUGCUCUGCAAGUACACAGUAAAUGAUACAUUAGAACUGUGUUAAAAUGAGAACCUCUGAAAAGAAUUCUUCAAGUUCUCUUGAACAAUUUUAUUUUUUUCUAGAAAGGAAGGAAAAAGAAAGAAAUGAAAGACCUUGCAAGCUAGCUCUCCUACCAAAUUGGGGUUUUCAAAUAUAUAGUUCUAAACCUUGGAUUCUGAAAACUAUUUUUCAAAAAGCUUCAAGUUUCUAACUUGAAGAAAGAGAAAGGAUGGCAGAAGAAAUUAGAGCAAUGUUUCUGAAAUUAUGUCCACAAAAUCACAAGGAUCUAUAAAAUAUCUCUAGGAAAUUUCUGAAAUAUCUGUGACUGGGGCAGAUUUCUUUAAAAGUGGCAUUGACUCAUCCGUUCUGCUUUCCACGCUAUUGCAGAGACGAUAUUAAAGCAGAAGACAAAAGUCUCAUACACAGUUUUUGUGGCCUAACUUUUGAUAACCCAGAUGCACAGGAAAGGUCAAUAAUAUCACGGUCCUGAGUGUUGCAUUUCCAUAGGUGUCCUUAUAUUUGACAGCUCUGAAACAAUCUUGGAAAGAGCACAUUAUCCCUUACCUAUGUGCCUCGCAGGAAUAUUGUGGGGAAUUUAUAAAAAUCUAUAAAUUUGCUGAAAUUCUUAUAUUAUGAAUUAUUUUAUCUCCAUAAUUAAGAAUAAUCACAUCUCAAUAGCUUGCUGGAAAAUAAACUGCGCAAAUUUGGACCAUACACAAAUAAGAGCAUACCCAUAUCUUCAACAGUAUAGUCAUUAUCUGAAAAUAGUACUUAGUAGCAAUUGCAGAGAGGGAAUACAAAUUACUUACAAUGAAGUCAAGUUUAUGAAAAGUGUAAUACCUGUGUAGACCAGGUGCCAUGAGUGUACACAACAGGUAUGUUUUACAUUGCAGGUGUGCAUAUAUAUAUAUAUUUCUCAUACACAGUAUCACCAUAUAGCCACUCCUAUAUAGUCAGACAUCAGUAUAGACAAACACAAACAGAUAUAGGCACAGUACAGAUCUUUUCAAAUGAAAAUAAUAUUAAAUAAUUUAAUUGUCAGAUUGAGCCCCUUCAAAAGGUACAAAAAGGAGAUAAAAGCUUUUAAAAAUGGGAGUUGCUGAUCAUACUGAAACAGUUUCAUUAAAAUAUUAUAGCUUUUGUUUUAAAUAUUCACAAAAUAUAAUUGGUUUUUCUUUCCACUUUCCCUUACUUUGUAUUUAUAUUGUCUAUCUCUUUUAGCUUCUCUUUACAUGCAAUUGAAAAUGGAUCCUUUUUAAAGGAUUAUGGAUUUAUCGAAAUUUAUGUUCUCUAAAUGUACUUUUUUUGUUCAAAUUUUCUAUUAGUCACCCCUCAGGAGGAUGUUUAGCCAAGCACAAUUGCAAUGAUACAAGAUUUUAACUUACAAAUAUGAUGAAAAAAAAAUCUUUCAUCGUAUUCUUGAAAAAUGAAUACAAUGUACAGAUAACUAUUUGGUAUGUCCUUGAAGUUAGAUGCUCUCCUAUAGUGUUUGCUUAGGAUUAACUCUGUUGUAUUUGUCAUUUGGGUGCUGUAAAGAACAAACAUGAUGAAGCAUUAGAUUGUGCAGUUUCUUAACUUGGGAAAGUUUUUACUGCCAUUAGUGAUGUGCACGCUGAAACUCUGUUAGACAAAAGCUACUGUAUGGUUUUCAUGUGGACGUACAGUACCUACAGCAGGCACUGAGAGUAAGCGGACUUGCCUUAAUCUCUAAAGGAGGCCAGAGGUAAACAUGAACCAUGAGAACAUUCACUAAAAGAAAUGGUUUGUAAAAGGGACUGGUAACAGAUUCCCUCCGGCUGUCUCCUGUUUAUUGGCCCUGCCCUGGAGCACACUUGAAGCAGACUGCGGGCCUUACAUCAAGAAAUGGGGUUGAAAAAUGGAGAUAUGCAAUCAAAACAUGCCCUUAACCUAUGAUCCUUGGUCUUGGCUGGACAUUGUUUUUCCAGAUUUAGGAGCACAAGGGCUACAAAUAGGUCCCAAGAUGGUAGCAGAUACAUCUUGGUGCACUUUUUAUUUGCAUGUUCCUUAAGAAUCUAUGUCAUAAGCCUAUACAAGGCAAAAAAUAAAUAUACCCUUUACUCAAUCGGCAGCAGAAAAUCCAAGAAGUAGGUGGAAUGAGGGAAAAUAAGAAAAAGGCAUCUUGUGUUCAACUUAGUUUUCCUGUCAGUAAUUUUAGAGGACCUACAUGGUGAAAUCUUCUCCUGCCAAUAUUAUUUAUGUCUCUCUUAUUACUACAUAAUCAUAAGAACGUAGGGAAUGAGGAGGCAUCCUUUAAAAGCCUUAGGAUAUUCUAUAUGGUGACCUCAAUAUUCACUUUCAGCCAUACUGGGAAAACUCACUUUUCAUGGAGCGCCACCUAACAGUGAAUGUAUUAGAGCAUAAAGUGUUUGGCAUGGUGCACCACACACACACACACACACACACAGACACACACACACACACACACACACACUAUUCAAGUUUAAACUGAAUCUAAUCUUCUGACCUGAUUUUGAUUUUAUUGUAAUUUUAAGAUCAAUAUAUCCUAUUUUAGUAGGCAUAAACAUAAUUCAAGUGUUUGACUAUUUGAGAGGAGGAAAAUCAUGAGAAAACCAGUGAAAAGUGAGGCCAUCGGAAAUAGGAAAUGCUUGAUAGUAAUAUGUAAUCUAAUUACAUUGUCAAUCACACUUCCUCUAGAGAAUUUAAAGUAGAUGAGUAUAAAUUACGAACACAUGCAUAAGUUCACUUAAAAAUUUUCAAGUCCUUGGAGGCUCUGCCUUCUAGGAAGGGUGAUGGGCUCAGGAUCUCCCCUGUUAAGAUUCCAGACUGCAAAGUUGGAAGUCUCAGGAAAUGAGUAUUUUCAAGAGUUUUUGGUUCUAUAGUUUUACAAAUAUACAGUGACACAGUUUUCUAAGCUUUGGUUGCUCCACCAACCAGAAAUUCCCUAGGCAGAGUGUUCACAUUUUUAAUUGCUAAGAGAAAAUAAUGCAAAGUGUCCCUCAGGACAUGCUAAAUAAGAUUUUUAAAGCAUUUUACUUUACAGCACGUUAGUCGUUUCAGCUGUAUUUCAAUGACAUCAUGGUGUAAAUGCUGUAUUUGCCAUAAAUUGCUGGUGGCUCUUGUGUUACAUACCAUUUUAAAUAAAGCUCCAAGUUGUUUUCCCAAUGACAACGAUAAAACGUUGCAUAGAAUUUGUAAAACGUGUUGACUCUGUUGAAAAUUGUGCAGUUUUUAUUUUAUUUGUGAUACUGUUUUGUAGUUAUUAGUUCUAAAUGUGUAUUUGUAUGAGUCAAAGUAAGUGCUUGUCAGUGGUGUGUGUUAGUAUGUUGUAUCUUAUCAAAAAUCAAACGUAUCCUAAAGAAAAAGGGCACAUUCUGACUGGCCUUAAUUCAAUGCUAUUUUUAAUUAUUGUGGCUACAGUUUAGACUUUAAAUACAUAUAGAAAUUAUGUUUUUUGAAGGAUAGCUUUUAAAAAUUUUAGAAGAUACAUACUUUAGAACUCUCCUAAGUUCCCACAAGCAAAUUGCAUAGCUUGUGGAGCACCUGUGCUUUUCAAAAUUAUCAAAUAUCAGUUAGGUUAUUAACUUCACAAUAUGAAUAGACUAAAUUCACAUUUGCUUCCAACAGCUACAGUAAAUCAGCACUGGUCAGGUUUUUCUUCCCAAGACGGAGCUUUGUAAUGAUAAGUGUGUUGUUUUUUGGCUUCAGUAGUAGGUUUUCCAUGAAAAAUAGUUCCUCUAGAGCCUCACUUUUGAGAACUGAAUCAUCUAAAUACGAACCACGUUGGUUCUGUGAGAGUCCUUGAAACUCCGUCAGCAUGAGGUGGUUCCAACACGGCUCCUUUCACAAAACAAGUCACACUUUCUCUGUCUGCCCAGUGUGUAGUCUAACAAUAGAAAACUCAUGACUAACUCAGGAAUUCACGCAGGUGGCCAUGCUUGAAGUAAAAACUCUGUCAUCUUCUUUGGACUUCUUAUUUUCUACAUUUCAAAUACUCCUUUUUCCAAAUUGUCAAAUAAAAUAUAGAACACUAGUGAAAUUCAAAUUUCAGAUAAAUUAUAGUUUUAGAGAAUCCCCUUUAUAUUUCAUAAGACACACACAAAAUAUUAUUGUUUAUAUGAAAUUCAAAGGUGAAUCCUGUAUAUAUCCUGUAUUUUCCCUAAAUCUGACAAUCCUACUUCUAUUUCUUCUUUAUCUUUUUUUCAGCUGAGCUACCUAUGAGAGUAAGCUCUACCUCAUCUUGUAUAUUUCUAUGUUAAUAUGUUUCAUGAAAAUCUACAGUCAUAAUACCCCUUAUGAAGGAAAAGUAUUGGUCUAUGGCAGGCCCCACAAAUUCUUUAUGAAGAAUCAAAGGAAAAACACGUGGGAUAAUCAAGCAAGUAUCUUCAUUAGAUUAAUUCUGUCACAUUAAUUUCCCUUCAGUGGCCUGUUUUGAGGCCGAGUUGCUCCACUAAUUCCGUAAAGAACAUUCCCUACUAAUUAGAACAACCAAAAACAUGAAAAUAUUCUUGAAAAGUGAUAGUAUCUUCUAAACUAGUACCAGGACUUUUUUCUAAAAUUCAGUUUUGUUAUCUUUCAGAGAUAGAACAAACUAAUCCAUUAUCCCCUCUCACCAUUAACGUUUUACCAAAAACAUAUCUGUAUAACUGUAGAAAGUUUUACAUAAAAAGGAACACUUCACUGUGGGAAGAAGAGUCUGGUGUGCAGAUACAACACUGUCAGUUCCUCUUCAGAGCAGCAGGGGAGGUGGUGGGGACUGAAUGUGGUCCCUCACAUGAAACGGAUGACUGAUGGGAUUGAUAAAGCAAAUGAUAAUUAGUAAUAUUUAUUUAUUUAUUUGUUUGUUUAGAGGAAUUGGAAGCCUCAGCAUAAAAGCAAUGAGCUCUAAUGCUGCCUUUUAGAACUAUUUGGAGAGAAUAAAACCAUGUUGGGGGGCUGGGGAUUUAGCUCAGCGGCAAAGCGCCUGCCUGGCAAGCGCAAGGUCGUGAGUUCGGUUCCCGGUACCGGAGGGGAAAAAAAAAAAAAAAAAACCAUGUUGGAACUCCUGAAAUCAAAUUUACAUGCUGCUGUUGCCAGCCCUGAAUCCUUGAUACAGUCCGAAUGAUGGGUGGAGUUUUAGAACAUUUUUGGUAGCUACCUCUUGUCUUGAAAUUCUUAUGAGUGGUAUAGACAACCAAACUCCCUUGAUGAAACAUUUCCAUCUCAUGAUUUCUGCACACAUUUGUGUUGAUUUGCUUCAUUUCUAAAGGAUGGGAAUCUUCAGAGCUGGUGACAUUUCCUUCCUUAGAUACUGGAAAUUCACCAGAAGGAGACAGACUUGUGCCUUGUUUUUUUAGGAUCUAGUCAUUGAUACUUUAAUAAAUGUAGUGUAAAGAAAAUCCAUGCCUACAGUCUGUAUAGCAAAUGUGAAUUUUUGAUAAGAUUGUGUUCUUAAUGUAAAAACAGUUUCUUUGUAUCCAGUGAAAUUCCUAAUAAAGUCCUGGUAGCAACUA